UGUUGGCUUGGUUAACCUUUGUUGCAUGUUUCGGCACUGAAACAACAGGGAGCAAACACCUUAUGAUACCUUUAGCGCUCGACAAAAAGGUUCACGGACUUGAAAAAACUAGGUACUGUACAUGUAUGGACAAGUUUUUGUCAUCGAUAGCUUAAGUAGUUCUCCUUUUGAAAGGAGAACUUAAUUUACCAGCAACCCAUUUUUUUAUAGUUUUCUGUUUGUUAUCAAUACCUUGCUUCACACACUGGCUUUUAAGUCAUUCUCGCUCUCGUCUGUCAAGGUCCUAAUUCAAUCUUAUUCAUACUCAGCACGACUUCAGCCUUUCAUUUCUGAAAGAGUCCCCAAGUGAGUUCUUUCAAUCCAGAGUUGUCUCAGUUUGAAGAAGCUAUGAUAUUUUUCUGAUGUUUAAAAAUGUUCUCAAAUCAAGGCAGUUAGGGAAUCAAUGAGCUGUUUGUAGAGGUACAUGUGAAUGGACUUCGAAGGUGUAAUAAUAGGUCAGAAAGGAACACCCGCAAUAGUUAGGAUUGUGCAAGAUAGACAUAGAUUCAUUUUUCAGUGGCUGGUAGACGUUUUUUGACCUUUGUUCGAGUGAAAAUUUCUCCACAAAAGGAACACGGUUGAAAUAGGAGAAGAACCACAGAGGGCAUUCAGACGUUUGUUUGUGUUUUUGUGCGUAAGUUUUUAUGUUGGUUUUGUUUUGGUUUGUUCCUAUCUUCACUGGUAGUGCUGAGGUGCGAACCCUUCGUGUGCACUUGAAAGGAAAAUCAGCAAUUUCGUGUUUAGCUUGAUCAUUUUUUUUUUGUUUGUUUAUUUUUUAGUCGUAGAGUAAUUAAUCAUAGCCCCAAGAACGCGCGGUAAAUAUUAUUUUCUGGUGUUAGGUGAAGUGAAAACAGUACAAUUGAGAGAUGCGUUCUUUUUUGUUACUUGCAGAUGUCCAAGAAGAAGUAACGCUCGUGUCGUUUCAACGAAUAGGCGUCUUCAAACAAACGUUUUCACACGAAGCCUUCAACUUUGGUGAUCCUGACCGAUUUACUUUUAAAGUGCACGUUUUUGAUAUCAAAGGAUUCAUCAGCCUUAAAAUUUCCUUUAUCCAGAAGCCGUUUCUAAUUCUCAGCUUCUUCAUCACGUUUUUUGCUUGUUUCUUCUCGCUUUUGUUCGUAGUGGCUUUGGCAUGGAAGAUCAAAGUGAAGUAUUCAAACUACGUUAUGGCAAGGCAACGAGUUGAAGACAUGAAACUGAUGGCCAGUCGACCGUUUGCUAAAGUCUGUUUGGCUUUCUCAGAUCACAAUGAAAGAAAAACGUGCAAGAAACCAUCUUCUGCUAUCGUUCUUCAGCCAAUGGAAAACCAGAACGCUAGUGUAGGAGUGUUCAUGAUGAGACUUCCGGUUGCAGAUGACGGCUUCGCACCUAUUGGUCAGAUCGGCCUAUGCUGUGCAACAGCGCUAGGGACGCGCGGUGAUCCUGCUCCCCAGUCCCACUCUUCGCACGUUGCCGUAAGAACAGUGGUCAAGAGAUCUAGUAUGGUGAAGUCAUGCUGUUUAUAAGAAAAACAUAAUGAUAACCUUGUGUUUGACGAAUCGUGCUCGGGGCAAAAUGCUCAACGGCCCGUUCUUCGCGAAAGCCGAAAGGUAUCUGGAGGAUUCUCCGAAGUACCUGUAUAAUCACAGCAGAAAAUUAUGCUAAGAACACCAAAGGCCCAGUGAGGAAAUGGCUCCGAUCUUGAUCUCCUCUUUUAGGCACGUAUGCGAGCCAUAAAACGUUGAGAGAGAAUUAUUUCAACGUAUGAGUAAUGAUAUACCCACAACCCUUUAUUCUCCUCAAUCACUGUAAUUAGUUUUGUUGAUAAUUCUAUUUAAAUUGGAAAACGUCAAAUGUUAGGGUUGGCCUUUCAACGAGCUACUUGAUUGGCUCGUAAAACAUAGCUAACACGUUUUUAAGUGCUACAUGUUGUCGAGGGCUAUUGCAUUUCUGAGCUUUCUGAUUGGUGUACACAUUUCAGUAUACAGCGAUAACACCUCUGCAAACCAAACUUGGUAGAAUAGAUGCGUUUCAUGUGUACCAUUGUAUUCGUCGAGACAAAGAAUUAAGAAUAUAGAAUGUAAAGAGCAUUUGUCCGUAAAAAAAAUUGAAAGAUUUGUUUUCAGAUAAGCCUGUAGAAUAAUUUGUGAAAACUUGCCUGAAAAGUUGUAAAGCCAAGAGAAUUCUUAGCGAAAUACAGGAAGACAGAUCACAGGUAGCGUGUCGCAGUACAGUGCGUUUAAGUUGUUGAGAAGUUAAAUUACUUUUUUUUGUUUUCGUAUUAUAACUAGGUACAUUUGGCGAAGCUAGAAUGGAGAAUAAUAUGACCGUUGGGUAAUGGAACUGUUUUCUAAGUUAGGUCUUAUUAUAAAGAUAAAUGAGAAGCUACCACUUGGGGCUGAUGAACCAACGUUUUCACUUUUGAUAAUGUGUCAGUUUUUUGUAAUAAUUAAUUUCGUUUCUCAGGUAUUAGGAAACGAUGUUAUACUGCGAUGUUCUCUUUUCUGAUUUCUAAGCUUUAUUGGAGAUAAGCUUGGUUUUACAGGUUUGUCUCGAUUUAAAGUGGGAAAGGUCGAGCUGUAUUUAGUUUUAUCAUUCUUUCUCGCUUUCUCCUGUCACAAGCUCCAGUUCAAGAGGUCUGACACAACUUGCUCGUCCUCGGUCUUUUCUUGUGAGAAAAAAAGUAGCUCCCGAGGAAUGAUAGGAAGGAAGUAUCUGUCGCGUCUUUAUAGGCGACUCGGAACGAGCCGACUGAUGCAAACACUGAAAACCCGCAUCCCCUAGUGCCAAUCCUCUAUCUGAGUUUUUCAGUGUGGACUCUUGUGCUUGCGCUUAUGUUUGUGACGCUGGC